GCAGACCUGUCUGCAAGUCUGGCAUCGCUGUAUGUGUAAAACCACCGACAACGCUGGAUGCAAAACAAAUAAAUAAAUAAUCAGCUGUUUGAAGUUUUUGUCGAUCUGUUCCGUUUUUUACUUGCUCGUUUAGUGUAUUGGUUCUGAAGUAUUAGGUUCUGUAGUACCUGCUUUAUUUCGUGCCGUGUCGGUCGCAUAUCCGGUGCUGUGCUAAUCAAUCAUGAUAGGUUCCUUUCGCAGGAUUCCAAACUUUUUACUAAAAUUACCGUUUCGGAUGACAGCUGUAGCUUACUCGGGAAACUCUCCAUCAGCUCGAAAUCAGGAAGCAGAGACGCAUUUUGGAUUUGAAACUGUAAUGGAAAGUGAGAAGUGGCGGAAAGUUCAUAACGUUUUCGCGGAAGUAGCUUCGUCGUAUGACCUUAUGAACGAUGCUAUGUCACUCGGAAUUCAUCGAAUUUGGAAAGACAUAUUGAUAGAAAAGCUCGCACCGGUAGCGGGAGGCAACAAGCUACUUGAUAUGGCGGGUGGAACGGGUGAUAUUGCUUUUCGCUAUCUAAAAUAUUUAAACAAUUUACCGUUUGAUGUGGACCAGGCGACCAACCACGUUACUGUGUCGGAUAUUAACCAAAAUAUGUUGGAUGUUGGACAGGAACGAUUUGCUAAAAUGAAUUUUAAACUUAACCAGUCCACUAUAGAUUGGGUUUGUGCUGAUGCCGAGGAGCUUCCGUUCGAUGAUAAUUCAUACACGGCUUACACAAUUGCGUUUGGCAUAAGAAAUGUUACCCACAUUGAAAAGGCACUAUCGGAAGCACAUCGAGUCCUGCGGCCAGGUGGCCGUUUUCUUUGUUUGGAAUUCAGUUACGUAACUAACGAUUAUCUCAGAUGGUUCUAUGAUCAAUACUCUUUUCAAGUAAUUCCACCAAUGGGUCAAAUAUUGGCAAGUCAGUGGCAACCUUAUCAGUAUUUGGUUGAGAGUAUACGGAAGUUUCCCAAACAGGAGGCUUUUAAAACUUUGAUCGAAGAUGCAGGAUUUAAGUGCGUUGAGUACGAGAACCUCACCGGUGGUGUUUGUGCAAUACAUUCUGGCUUUAAAUUAUGAAUUUAAAUGUAUGGGUAGUAAAGAACUAGCAGGACUAUCACGUUAGCUUGUAAAAUGCCAAAUGGUAUUGAUGCCAACGCGACUUUCACUAUUUCUUUCGUGGUAGAGGAACAUGAACCACCCAUGCAGUCUCUCAUUUGUUUGUGAGUGCAGACCUCGUGUAGAGCGUGAAGUUCAGUGCUACGCACAAAAGAAAUGAUGUUUGCUACCUUAUGAACUGCCCAUAAUUGCAAGUCAGUCCCAUGUUGCAAAACAAGCUGCAAAGAAAAUGAUUGAAAUUUUUGAUUGUUUUUUUUUCGAGUUUUUUAUUGUAAUACUUCUCAAAUGAGUGUGAUAAAAUAACGUCUACCUUGUAGAAAACAGCACGAGACUCUUAUGCGAUUACUUUUUGUGAUCGUUAAAAAAAUAAUCGCGUGCUGUAAUCCCAUGCCUAAGCAUUAUAUUAGGAACCCAUUAUUGACAUUACUGGAAUUGAACGAAAAUCCCGUCAUUACUCGCCUUACACGAUCAUUAAAUGUAACACUACUCCUCAAUAAGGGCAUUAAUAACGACUCGUACUUAUUGACUGCUGUUCUAACAGACAUAACACUAUGAGGAAAUUCCACUAAAAAUAUCAAUCCGCUCAUUUUUUAACCCAUUAUAACCCAGCUAUGUUAAAAAUUUUGGUAAUUUGUAAAAUACUUCGUGAGCCCUCAUAUUAUGCCGAAUUAAGUAUGGGAAAAAUACAAUAACCACUGUGUAACGUCUUGUUGCGAAAAAAAUAACGUAUGAAAUUUCAUACGCUGGGCUGAUAGGGUAUCAAAAAAUCAUUACAGAGAAAAUUCGGCUAAAAUCUUUAUAUUCAACAUAAAAUCGAAUAAUAUCUUCAGAUCAUUCAUUUAGCUUUUUUGAAUGAUUUUAACACUUAUCUCCUUUCUCGUGCCGUUUCAUCUCAUGAUUGGUUCGUAGCAUUAAACCAUCUUUCCUUCAAACUUUGUAAUUAUUUUAAGAAAAAGAACAUUUUCUCACGAGAAUUUACAUAAAAAAUAUUCUGGGUGGAACCAGGUAUGAUUUGCUACGUAUUAAGAAAUUUCAUACCUUGAACUGCCAGCAGAAUUUUCGCAAUUGUUUCACCAAUUUCUUCCAUUUUUUCGCACUGAGCCACAUCUUUCACACCUCUCAUGGCCAUUCGUUCACAAUUCGAAACAAGAAUGAGUGAUUUAGAAGAGAAAUUUAAUAAUAUGUAUUGUUCAUAUUUUGGUUUGAAUUUUGUCCAACUUUGACAUUCGAAAACACAAAGGAAUUUUAAAAAAAGAUUAUUGAGCAUACACAUUAUAAACUAUAGGGUAUUAAUUAACGUUCACAGAAGACCAGAAGUUAUAAAACGCCUUUAUUGUAUAACAAGUAUGAUCCAGAAAUGUGUUGUUUUUGUGUAUGAAAUUUCAUACGCUAGGACAUAAUGGGUUAAAUUCUCCGCCUUUUAUACAUGGUCCGAAACACUCAUUUGCUAUAGAGUAUUACCCCUCAAUCGUAAUCUUCGUCUCAAGCUUGGGAACAAUUUUUCACUAGUGGUAGUGAUCUAUCCCCCGCAUGCUUGUUCAGUGGCGCCAUAAUCGCAAAUGCGGCCACAGUCCCAACUACAAAUGGCCUACGUUAAGCCAAACCACAGAUAACAGACGUUUAGGCUAGAACAAAAUUUCUUCAAAAACCUGUGUAAACUUUCAAAUUGAUAAACGUUGGAAAUCCGUGUUUCACUAUUGUCAUCUGCGCAACUGUUUGCUACACGUGUUUGACAGCUGCACUCUAACUGCAUUGUAUCGAUCACUGCGCCAUCUGCAAACGUUUGCCAAACGUCUUUCAAACGUCUAAUUUAUUCGAAAUUUCAGUAGCGGGUAUUUACACAUGAUUCAAAUCGAGCUUAAACGUCUGUUAUCUGUGGCCAAACCAAACUGAGCGCCAUAUAUUUUUUUUCUGUUAUUGUUCAUGUUAAAAUGUGUUUUUAGUUAAUUCACCAUUAACAUAGCAAGUUAAGGAACACUUAUUUGCUUUCGUUUACUAUUUGUGUUCCCAAAACUAAACAGAUGUGGAUGUUGCCAGUCCUAUGUUGUAUACGACAGCGUUUUUAGAACAAGUAAUCUUAAAAUGGCGCUUGGUCCUCUUUGGCUCAACACAGGCCAAAUAUAUUUAAAAUGACCGUUAAAGCGAACGAUGCAUUGUUUUCGAGUAUUGUGUAUGUGGUGUUGGUACAGACUAACAGACAUAACACUCGAAAAUAAUGCUUCGCCCGCUUUAACGGUCAUUUUAAAUAUAUUUGUAGCUGGGACUGUGACCGCUUUUGAAAUUAUGGCGCCACUGACAUAUGAACAAGCGAUUGGGGGAUAGAUCACUAGUGAAAAAUUGUUCCCAAGCCUGAGGGGUAACCCACCUACAAAUAAGUGUUUGGGAUCGUGAAUAAAAGGUGGAGCUAGUGUUCUGGGAAAAUUGCCGGGCCGAUAUUUUUAAGGGAAUUCUCUCAUAGUGUUAUGUCUGUUAGUCUGUGGUGUUGGUUUCAUAGAGUACGAUUCGGAUAAUAGUUUUUUUUAAAGAAGCCAACUUGGAAAAAAGACAAAGUAAAUAAUGAGAGAAAAAAAAGAAAUACACAAAAAAUUUAUUUGUCGUAUAAAGCAAAAUAGGUCGUUUGUAGAUACAGUAGAGAAUAUGAAAAUUAAAUUUCUAAAGAUGAUCAAAUGAUUAUUAAUUCAGUUCUGGGAAUUAAGAGAAUCUCUUUGAAAAAGCGUCGUUCAAUGAAAAACCUUUUAGAGCUAAAGAAACAAAACAACUACAGUUGUACUUUAACAGCGCGUCGAUUUUUUUUUCUCAGCGCUAUUGGCUGUGUGAAUACACCCCUGUAGAGAAAACCCGUUGGCGAUGGACUCCAGACUGAAAUUUUUUAUGCUUAGGGAUUUGUAGCUUGGAGACCUUGGAUUUUGUUGGUUCCUAGAAUUUAAUAGCAACACGACGCAUGCUUCAGGUGGUGGAUAGAAGCGAAGGGAAACCCUGACGACUGGCAGAUUGAAUUAUUUUUGCUGUCAUGCAGACUGAUGCAGUAUCCUAUGGUUGUUGGUUCAUUACAUAUAAUCUAAAUUAAA